AGAAGAAGAGGCGGAGCUGAUGUAGAGGCUUCAUGAGUGGUUGUUGCUUAAUACAAUAACGACAUUGUUUACAAAGUAUGCGGUAAGAAGCAUCGUACGCUGUGUUGCCUUUUCUGAGCACGAUGGCUACUCAGAGAGUGCUCCCUCAGAGCAAAGAGACUCUGCUGCAGAACUACAACAAGAGACUGAAGGACGACAUCAGGUCCAUCCUGGACAACUUCACAGAAAUUGUCAAAACAGCGAAGAUCGAGGAUGAGACACAGGUUUCCCGAGCAACGCAAGCAGAGCAGGACCACUAUGAGAUGCACGUCAGAGCAGCCAACAUUGUGCGAGCUGGGGAGUCCCUGAUGAAGCUGGUGUCCGAUCUGAAGCAGUUCCUGAUUCUGAACGACUUUCCCUCCGUGAACGACGCCAUCAGCCUGCAGAACCAGCAGCUGCGCUCGCUGCAGGAGGAGUGUGACAAGAAGCUCACCUCGCUCCGUGACGAGAUCGCCAUCGACCUGUAUGAGCUAGAGGAAGAAUAUUACUCCUCCAGGUACAAGUAGGCUCAUACUUGCCCCAUCCCACCGCCCCUCUGUCGCCCCAUUCCCAGCACCAUGUACUGUCUCACUUUACCAUUCACUGCUGAGCCCAUGGAAGCGUUUAUUUCUGCCGGCGUCUAAGCGUGACACCUUUUGGGUUGAAUUUAUCUCAUCGUCAUAUCAAAACGGCACCAUUCAUCAACACAAAGCAUUGCUGAGGGUCGUUGUGAUGGAGCUCAUCUCACUAAGUGACUUUACACUGUUACUGGUUAGUAAGUGCCUUGACUUUUUUCUGCUCAAUGACAUGUGUCAUAAUUGGUCAAAGUGGAGAGGGCCUCAGCAUUAAAGGGGUGUACAACUGAAUAUCUGCAGUGUAAAUGUAUGCAGCUCUUGAACUAUGAGAGUUCAGCAUGUAUUUUGGGCAUUUGAUGCAGUUUACUGAUGCCGUAUAAAAGCCCGCAGGCUUUUCUGGCAUUGACAAGAAUACAAGUUAAAAUUAAGAGCAGAAAGCAUAGGUGUUGAUUUUCUACCAGGUUUAUUUCUAAAUGGUGGUUAGACUCUCAGUUUCCUGGUCUGCAGCAGCCAAUCGGCUUGAGAAAGGUUUUAACAAAUAUUGUCAGGCACAUGGGAGAGAUGGUUUAGUGGAAUGUCAGCAGUGUGGUCUUUGCUAACUUAAAUAUUUUAAUGACCAGUUCAUUAAAAUCCAUGAAUUAGAAGAAGAUGCUAUUUUAUCUAUGGAUGAACUGUUAGAUGGUUGUGAAAAGACUUCUGGGUAUUGCAACACAAAGCUUUAUAGAGAAAAUGAACUCCCUUUAGAAGAAUUACCCAUAAAUAAAAUUAUAUCUCAAUAUAAAUUUUAGAAAUGUGCCAUUCGUGUAAGUUUAUUUAUAUAUAAUAUUUAAAUCAUAAAUGUAAUGCUGAUGACAUAAAUGGUAGAUUUUAAGGGUGAACUGUGGAUGAAUGUUUGCUAUAGGCUGUAAAAAUUAGACAUGACUGUUUAUUUAUUUGAGGUCAAAUUUGAAGCUACUGAGAGUUUCUUAAACAGAUUUUCUGUCAAAGUAAUUAAAUAUUUUUAAUUGAUUCCGUCCUUUAGACCAUAAGUGACUCAAGCUGUAACCAUGCACGCCAUCACACGUGGUGUGGUUGUACAUGUGUACCGGUUUGUGGCAGCUGUUCCAGUAGACCCAGGAUGAUUAAGAAAUAAAGUAGAGACAAAACACUGCAGUAGUUUGUCUUGUUUUCUGUGAGAAAGCAUUAAAGUGUCUCUAAGCCCUGUGUGGAGCAUGCUGGGUGUGGGCCUUCCUUCCUCACUGCACUCGCUCUGCUUUCUCCUCCAUCAGCAACUAAUUGCACCUUUUUGCCGAACUUGAGAUGAACAGGUGAUAAGUCUAAGUCUCUGACUGCUGCAUCUAGCCAUAAGCAGCUGUUUUAUGCAUUGAUCCAGUUUCCGGUGCUUCUGCAUAACCUCCAUGCUUCUAUCGUAUGUGUGCCCUCAUGUGCUCCUCUGUGUGUAUGAAUGUGCUUGUUCUGACCUGCCGCUCUUGUCUGCUCCUCUCUUUCUGUGCUGCGCUGAUUCU